AUGUCACCUAAAAGCGAGAGCGAAACCCUACUAUCAGGAUCAUCCAAUAGUGAGGAUGAAGACACACAAGUCUUUGAACACGACGACCAAGCCACGUACAUCAUUUGCAAAUCCAAGAAACCCUACGUGAAUCCAACUGUACCUGCAGGUACAAAGCCAGAAGAUGUCAUCAAGACGCUAAACUUAGAUCUUGGUCAAAAUUUUGUCAAUGCGGAGAGCAAGAUUGUACUCUGGAUCAUUCGAUUCUUGAGCAGCGUUUGUGUGGAAUGGUGGGAGUUCCUCUUUUUUCGAUUCUGGAAAUUAGUUCCACUGUCCAUUCGACGAGGUCUGACCAUGUAUGGAUGGAAGAUUUAUUUCAAAUUGCACAAGGCCAUUCUAGGAAGACGCACCGGUGUGCACCCAUCCCAAAGUCCCGAAUAUCAUGCGCUGACCUCCAUCAUGUGGUGGAGCAGACUCCUUCCAAUUUCUCCCGCACGCAUGCGGUUUGCCUUGUCACAGCUCUAUGUCUGUACCCCCAAUGUGGUGGAAGCCUACAAUGCGGAGAUGAUUGAACAAGAAAUGCCAUUGCAUAACGCAACGAAUAGCAACGAUAAGAAGAGCAUCGACGACAUUCUUACAAUUCCAAUUUGUCAACAAGAUCACAAGACAGUCCGAGGCCUGUUUCUGCAUCAAGGCAAAGAACCUACAGAGCACCUCAUCUUAUGGCUAUACGGUGGUGCCUAUUUAUCAGGAGAUGUUGUGGGAAAUUCGAGUCCUGCCGACUGGGUGGCGAAGCAGACCAAGAUGGACGUCUUUGUCCCCGAAUUUCGAUUGGCCCCCGACGGUGAUUUGAACGAUGUAUUAUGGGACGUUGCCUUGGCGUACAGGUGGUUAUUGAACAAGACGGGCAAAGAUCCGAGUCAAAUCUUCUUUUUAGGCGUUUCCAGUGGGGCCGCCAUUUGCAUCCGACUGAUGCAAUUCAUGGUACAACAACAAAAUGGUGAGAAAACCCUGCCCGAGUACAUCCCAAAGUUGGGUCUUCCACCAAAAGGUGCAGUUCUGUUUGGCCCGUAUGUCGACUAUACAAAAGAAAGAAAGGGAUCCUUUCUACACUAUCCUCGACUGGAUUUGAUUGUCAAUGAAUCGGUACAACGAGACGGAUUGCCCUAUUUGGAAAAGUUCAUUCCGGAUGGGAAGCGAAAGGAAUAUUCCCCAGUGUACGGAUCCAUGAAGGGCUUGCCUCCCUUGUGCGUGGUAGUCUCCGAACAUGAGGCAGUUUACGAUAUGUCCAUGGAAGUUGUCAAUAAAGCGAGGAAGGAUGGAGUCUCGGUAACGGUGGGAAUUUGGAAGUACAUGUGCCAUGUGUUUACCUUUUUGUGGGGUUUCAUUCCCGAGGGGAAGCAAUCCAUGGAAUUUGCUUGUAAAUGGAUCCGAGAAGAAGCACGACAAUGA